CCACCGUUGUCUUUCAGCUGCAAAGCUGCAUCUCUCCUAAAUAUCAGCUCCGCAUCCCCUCCAUAUUUCCUUUUCUGGGCUAUCUGACCCUCGGAAACAGCCAGCCUCGCCUCCAGAGAUGCUCUCCCUACCUCCUUUCGAGGGUUUCCUCCCUCAAUGGCUUGUCCUGGUCUCAGUGGUCUCCGCUGCCAACAGCAUCCAAGCCUACCGCUCUGAAACCUACGCUGCCGAGCUCUACAAUGGCAGAUUUCCGGACGGCUGCACCUUCACCAACGCGCUCUCCUCGCGCACCUUCGGCACCUGGACUUUUCUGUCGGCCGUCAUCCGCUUCUACGCCGCCUACAACAUCAACAAUCCCGCCGUGUAUGAUUUGGCCCUGUGGACGUUCGGAAUCGCUCUGACGCACUUUGUCGGAGAGCUGAUCAAGGGGAGCGCCCGGCUGCGGGGGCGGUUCGUCAGCCCGCUGCUGGUCGCUUUGUCGACCUUGACCUGGAUGUUCUGGCAGAGACAGUAUUACCUGUCCGUUUAAGGGCGCUUGAUCCUAUACGGUUGUUGUGGUGGGUUAUUUGGCCCGGGGGAGGGGUGCUUAUCUUGUUCGGUUCGGUUGGG